AUGCGGAGCGGCGAGGAGCUGGACGGCUUCGAGGGCGAGGCCUCGAGCACCUCCAUGAUUUCGGGCGCCAGCAGCCCGUACCAGCCCACCACCGAGCCGGUGAGCCAGCGCCGCGGGCUGGCCGGCCUGCGCUGCGACCCCGAAUACCUGCGCGGAGCGCUCGGCUGCCUCAAGGUCGCCCAAGUGAUUUUGGCCCUGAUUGCAUUCAUCUGCAUAGAGACCAUCAUGGAAUGCUCCCCUUGUGAAGGCCUCUACUUCUUUGAAUUUGUAAGCUGUAGUGCAUUUGUGGUCACUGGAGUCUUGCUGAUUCUGUUCAGUCUGAACCUUCACAUGAGGAUCCCCCAGAUCAACUGGAACCUGACAGAUUUGGUCAACACUGGACUCAGCACUUUCUUUUUCUUUAUUGCUUCGAUUGUGCUGGCUGCUUUAAACCACAAAACCGGAGCAGAAAUUGCUGCCGUGAUAUUUGGCUUCUUGGCAACCGCGGUAUAUGCGGUGAACACAUUCCUGGCAGUGCAGAAGUGGAGAGUCAGCAUCCACCAGCAGAGUGCCAGUGACUACAUCCGAGCCCGCACGGAGUCCAGAGAUGUGGACGGUCGCCCUGAGAUCCAGCGCCUGGACACAUGAGCACCUGCCAGACCCUCCUCCCUCUGGUCCUCAUGCCCAUCCUUCCAAACCAAUUUUCUUUCCCUCGUCACGUCAGAUUUUCCCAUGAUUAAGUUGAAUUUUGUCCUCUUUGGUAAAAGUUCAUUCUGGGAAAGGGUUUUCGGUGCCCCCGUUGGCGGGUGUAUGAAGCAGGGAGCGUGCGAGGCGGGCGGCAGAGGCCUGCAGAUGGGUCCAGCAUUCAGUGGCUGUGGUUGCCUCCGACCUUCCCGGCUGCCAUGUCUGCUCUAAGUCUUCGCUAGACGUAGAGCACAGCCCCUGAGCACAGGCUUCGUAUCUGACUCUGCGCCACCCUGUCAUGUUUUUGUGACAACUCAAGACUUUGGAUUCAUGGGGGCUGGUAGGAGGGAGAAAAAGUCAGGAAUGAAGGUGCAGGGUUGGAACAGUUGGCAGCGAUCGUUCUGCAGCCCCCUCGUGAGCUCCAGGUCAUCGGUUAGUCUUGCCGCCCGGACCCUCCCCUGCUCCUUGUCUUCCACUCCUGGGGCGUGACACGCCCAGCACAGGCCCAGAAAGUCACGCGUGACGCUGAGGGUCUUGGUGAUGGAGGCGCUGGUGGAGCUCUUUGCCCGGCCCAGACUUUAUGGGGGUGGGGGAAGCUGCUGCCCUCUAGGGGCAGCUCGGUGGGACUGCUGACACGCGGGAAGGUCACCUUUCAUUUCCCACGCUGCUGAGAAAUCACUGAUUCGAUUGUUCCUGAAGUACGUCACCUCCCUGAAUCCCAGAUUCUCCUCCAGGAAUGUGGGGACCAUCUGGUUUUCCAGUUUCAUACCCACCCUUACUACUUGGAGGCUGAAUUGCAGGCUUCCUGCAAUUUUGCCUUCUCAGGUAAAAGCCACAAAGACCCCACAAACAACAACAACAAAACAAAAAAAAAACAUUCCACCAGCCAGAAUGCCGGUGCAUUUGCUGGCUUCAUGGACCAUAGGUGGGGACACUCUGUUGUAGGGAUGUGUGCAUAUUUUCAAAUUAGUGGACAGUUCUAAAGUGAUUCUGAGUAGGUUUGUCUAGGAUUUGAAAAUACUUGAAUUUCCAGCACGACAUACCCUUUCACUGGUGUUUCAGAAGGCAUGAGUUGUAGCUUUUGUGCCUCGGGGUCAUGACUAUGAAUAUCGAUCUUGGAAGGUAAGUGGGAAAAGUUCUAGUUAUGUAAGGCUUUGGAUGGAUUCUUGAUAAAGUGAAGAUGACUGUGAUGAAUGUGUUACAUGAGCCCCUAUGAGGCUGUAGGGUUUUUUUGGUUUCUUUUGUUUUUUUUUCUUGUCGGGAAACUAUAAUUGUAUCUUUCAUGGAAAAAUUGCCGUAACUUGUUGGGUUUUCACUCUUUGAACUGUUUUUGAAUGUUUACAAACCUCCUUGUCCCUCUAAUAUUCUGUGUUUGGCUGUCACCAGGGAGAAACCCACACUGCCCAGGAUAGAUAUGUGGGUGGGGGUUUGCAGCCCGUGGAGGGUCCCCGGGAUCUUGUCUAGUAGCGACUGACUGCAGCUGUUGCUGUGCGCCGUGUGAGGGGGGAGAGAACCCCAGUGUAUGUUCGGAGCUGGGGAGCAGAGCAGGCGCGAGAAGGUGUCAUCUGUGACACCUCAUGGGAGAGCAGCGUGUCAUUUCCCAGUGCAGGGACCACUGCUAGGCAGCCGGUUCCGCAGGAAACGGUACCCUUCUAUGUCUGCAGGGUCAGGGCUAGGGGUGAGCCCCCUGAACCCGCCGUCCGGGACUAGCCGAAUUCUGCUGCAGUUCUUUGUCUUCGUCAGGGGCAGUGGGCUGUUGGUGCGGACCCCACUGGCCUGAUGGUCACGCACCUUCCCCGCUCCCACGCAUGUUGUAAGGCGGCACCAGUCAUGCCUCACAAACUUUGAACUUCUUAUGUGUAGUGACUCCUGAGAUGAUGACAUCUGGGUUUUAUCUGUUCCUGUUUAUGUAUUUAUUUUGCAUUUGUCAAGUGUGUCUGCAUAGUCCGAAACAGGCUUCUCUCCCUCCCUCUGAGAGUUCCACUUAGAAACGGGGCCCCAAAGACUCAGCCUCACAUUCAGCGGGGCCCACCUGGAAGGACCACCCUGAGCUUUAUCAGGAAUCUGCUGGGAAUCAUGUUACUUGGCCUCAAUAAAAAGCCGCCUUUGAAGUGAGAUUGAGGAAAAGAAUACCACUCAGGCAGGAUUGUUGCGGAGUCUUCCCAUGUCACUGCAAUAAAACCGGUUUAUCGUUCGGCCAAAGGGCCUGCUGGGCUCCUGAGGAUGUGCUGAAAGCUGCACAUGGUUGAAGCCCAUCGCAGUUGUAAAUGCUUAGAGGCGAUAAAAAGUGACAACCCCUUAUGCCACGAGGGACAUAGGAGUCACUUUGCAUCUUAGUGUUAGAAUCUUUGGAAUUAUUUAUGUCCCUGUAACUAUUUAAUAUCCUUUGUGCCGUGAGGCUCCCCCAUGGUUUCUGUAAAUAUAUUUCUUUAUAUUUAAUUAGCACCCACUACAGCCAGAAGCAGCCAGGCCGUUCUCUCCUUGGUGCAGUGCAGAGCCACACCCCUGCUCCCACAGCGGAGUACAGGGGCAGUGGAGAGGAGAGCGUGGUUGUCUAGGGCGAGUGUGACAACACUUGUUUUUCUUAUGUGGCUUCUGUGUGCAAACACGACAAUCUAGAUUUAGGGGUUCCCUAGCAGGACUUUUUUUCUUUUUGCCAAAUUGAAGGAAGCCUGUUGUGCAUUUAAUAGUUCCAGUAUGGGCCACAUCCAUCUAGUCUGGGGCAUUUUAGGGCCGAGGCAAUCUUAGUGUUUCUCAGUUUUCUGGUAGGAUGAUGCUCGCUUUCGUAGUUUGUGCCAAGCUUGGUGGGAACUGCAGUCGCCGUGUACAUGGGACUGUGCGCCUGGAGACUGUGUGGUGGGAACCAGCCAGCCUUCACUGGGACCCUGGUGGUUUCAGACGGAUGCACACACUGACGUCUUCAGAGACAGUUGAUCUUGGCACUGAUUUUGGUUGAUGUGGUAUUUUCUGCCUCAGGUUCUCCCGUGUGUGUCUCUCAUGUGGCUGAAGGCGCAGAGGGAGGGAGAGGUCUUUCCCUUUCAUACAGAAAGGUUACGGUCACGGAGGCCGAAAGACGCUCAGUUGGCCCCGUAUAACGCCAAGGAAGGACAAAGGUAGUCAGUCACAGAUCAAAACCUCUGAGGACAAGUUUGAUUUAAAGCAUUUUAUUUUAGAUUUUUACUCUGUGCAGAAGCCCUCGUCCCAGAGAGAUUACCUUUGCCCACAAAAAGGAAGGAUGUAGUGGCCUGUUCAGUCCCAGCGCCUUGCCUUCCAGCCUGGCCCCCGAGGACCCUAGCCGCCUCUGAGGGCUUGGCUUUCAGGGGCAGACCACACCCCUGCCCUCAGGGCACCACGCUGCCCUGGCAGGAGGCUCAUGCCCACCAGCAGGCCUGAAGUGUAUUGGAUGUGCUAGAUGGCCAGAGCUUUCGACUCCACUGAAGACAUGUCUCCUCUUUUAAAAAGUUUGCCACUUCAGCCGCCUUUCUUUGAUGCUCUUUUAGUGAUUCGGACUUGGGUUAAGCCACAGGGGGUCCUUGAGGCGGAGAAGCACUGACUUGUCUGCACACACGUAUGAAUUCAUGCUCGCAACGACGAGCCUGGAAUGAGGCCUCCGUGUGUUAUGUCCCGUGUACGGUCCAAGCUCACCUCGUCGUGCAGACACUCAUGAGCUGUUUGGGAAGAAACUCCUCGACCCUCCAUGGGUUUAAUAGGUGGCCCACGUUCUCAUCUCUGGCUGUGCAAGAUUUUCUGUGGGUUUUCAGAACAGCCCUAACCUAAACAGUGUGUGAAGGUGACAUGUGACCAAUUUAGUGAUUGUGGAAGGCAGUGGCCACCGUUGUGCCAUUCGCGUUCAAAACCAGGCAGCCAGGAAGUCCUCCUGCCAUUCCCUGAUUGUCAUUUUCUCCAUAUCUUGUUUAUAGGAAAAUAAGGACAUUAAACAGGUAAAGGCAAAAAGCACUUUCUAGGCUGAAGGCUACCGUUAGUUGAUUCUCUCUAGGAAAAUAAAGUUGUUCUCUGCCCCAGGGACUGUCAUUAGCUUUUGAGGUCCCCAGAUAUCUUUUUUGGUUCCAGGGAAACUGCAGAACCCAGGGCUUCUGUCUCCCUCAAAUCUUUCUUACCUUAUCAGUACCCACUCCAGGACCAGCUGGGCAACAGACCUGAGAGGUGGAGCAGGGGCAAGGAUGGGAGGUGAGAGGAGGGAGGGCCCAACACACACAGACUGCGUGCCUCCGGGGGACCGAUCCUCACAGUGCAGGUGGUCACCGGCCCAGCCAUUGUGAAAAAAUGUACUUGGUUAACUACCUUCCUUUCCUUUUGUCUUUGGAAAAAUGAGGUCUUAGGUUCGCAUUCAGCGGUAUUCAGGUUGUAUUCAGCAAAGCUGUAUCUUGGGACCAGUAUGCCUUGGAGCUCUGGGUGGGCUCUUGAGAUGUGGACAGGGGACUCAGAUUCUGGUUCAGGUCCACCUUAGAGAGGAUGCAGACUUGACACAGUCUGCCUUGAGCUUUGUCACCUUUCCUGGCUUUUUAUAAAACCUUGUGUUUCCUCCCUUCUCAGCAGAUAUUGUUGAGAUCAUGAGAACUGUCUGGUUGAAAGGUUAUUUGAAAUAUUUGACCCUGUCCAUUGCUUUUCCUUAGAAACUGUCCCUGAUAGAAAAUACCCUCAAUUUUUGUUAGAAGAAUUUUCUUCUGAAAAUGAAUGUUCCUUUUGACUUUCCUUCAUACCAGUAAAUGGCAUUUAUACACUCGUAGGCUUGAAACAGAAGAAUGGGCUGAUGUGUUUUUCCUUCUUUGGUCUGGAUUAUUUUCCUAUUUGAGUGUAAUUUCUGCACCUUGGGGAUUCUUUUUCCCUUUCUGUUUUUUCUUAUUCCAUAUAUGUAACAGUAAAGAAAAGAGUUGCCUACAAGCCCACUGAGUUUGAAGCCACAGUGCCGUGCCUAGAAUAAAGUUUAGAUUAUGGAUCCUUGAAUAGUGUACCUUGUUUCUAGAGUCAAGUUUGUUGUUCGCAUUUUCAUGCCAAGACUUUAAUUGAGGUGACUUGCCUGUCUAGACACCUUAGAGUUGCCGGUUUUCUUUGGGAUGCAUUGUACGCAAAGGCCACUAAGGGGGUUAAAAGCCUGGACCCUAGUGAGCUGUCAGAACUUUGAUGGUUCGAAUUUCAAGAAGGAACGUGUCUCAAAUGACCUUAAUCAGCUUUGUUGAUGGGAUUAGGGCGAGGCCCAAAGUUUCUUUUCAUAACUGUGUCUCAGACCAGAGAAGGUAUGACACGCUUGAUUCCGGUACUGUUUUGUAUGGGACUCAGCCUGAAACUGUCAAAUCGGGAGUCGUCUUUGGAGAACACUGCUAAACCCCAGUAGGAAGCACUUCCUGUUACUAGGAAAUGAGGGUGGUGUGGGGACCCUGUUGGUGCCCGUAUCAGACAGGGCCAGGUCUGAUGCCUGCCUCCCUCAGUGGGCCAUUUUGCUUUCCUGCCUUUCCCGGAACUGAUUUUGUGAGUUUCCCUUUCUGCAGAAGUGAGGAAGGCAGAUAAUCAGGGCUUCAAGGGAGAAUUGGCUGGUCCAAGGGCUGGGGGAAGGCUGGCUCCCAGGGAAGGCCAAGGGCACAAGUCCCAGACGGACCCCCAAGCUGGCCUAGCCCCGCACAGGGGCUGACUGCUUCCAGCUCUUUCACUCCGUAACCCAAUUAAAAAUGAGUUUUCAAAUCCUGCCUCAUGAUGAAACUGACAGAUGUGGAUAAAACCAAUGCUUGUAAUAACUUGAUUUUGAUGUGGUUCCUUCCGAGAGAAUGUAGGGAACGAAACUAUUUGUAAAUAUUGACAUUCGUAGGGGUUCAGGAACCGGUGGCAAAAACCACUUUUAACUAUUUAUUACAGGUAUGACUAUUUUAUCCCCCGAAGUAGAUAAUUCUGUCUUUGUGUAUUUUAAGACAAAUAAUAAUCACUUCACCUUCAGUGCCUUCUGUGUGUCAGUCACAUAAACACUUGUCAAUCAUGGAACUGAAAAAAAGAUGUACAUUUAGUUAAACCAGAUGACACUAUUUUUGUAGCAUGAUGUUAGAUUGUGUCCUUUUGAUAUUGCUUUUAGCAAUGAUAGUUUUGAGGUUUAGCCAUUAUCCCUUUAAGCUUUGUUAUGUAUUUAAAAAAAAAACCAACAAACAGCACCCACCUUGGCUAUUCCUGUCUCCUCUCUGCUGCUUUCUCCCCAAUAGCUUGUUUCUGCUUAUUUCAACAGUCUGAGAGUAAGCGUAUAUUUCUGUGAAAUAAUUAUUAAUCAGUGUAACUGCAAUUUGGCAUUUUGAAACCACUUGUUCAGUUCGGGAGAGCCGCCGCUCCCCUCAGAGACUGAGGAACGUGGUUCUGUCAAAAGGAAAAGCGUAGAAUGCCCGCGGCGCGCUGACUUUCCCCUCUUUGGGUCUGAAACAGUGAGGGUCCCCAUUGCUGGCGGGAUGGUGAAGCAGAGGGUGUCCUCCAGGACCAGCUCAGGCCCCUCCAGCUGGGGAGAGACAGGCUGCCCAGGGGGCCUCUGCUGGCUUUGGUUUGUAGACUCCCCGGGGUGGGCUCAGUGGCCCUUUCAGGUUUUGCGCCUGGUCAAAACAGGACUCCCUGCUGCGAGGAGCCUGAUGACAUAGUGGUCCGCCCCCGCCCCACCCCAUGCAGGAGGAGUUCUGCCUGGUGAAGAAAAUUCUUUGAGUCAACUAGCUGAGCCACUGCAAAAUGAAGGAAUGGAUUGACUCAAACAAAUUGUAGCUUCUUUUUUGUCCUUUUGCGGGGCCAGAAGAUGUAAUUAGUUUAACAAAGGAAGUGAAAUUAGAUGGCUAAUAACUCCAAUAUGAUUAUUCAUUGGUAUCUGGCCUGGUGGCACUUUUGGGGGGCAAUGUUAACUUAGUAACAAUUACAAUUUGCCUCUUAAAGUAACAGUUUAGAUGCAGUUGUGGGGCAUUCUGAGGGGCUGCCCAUCUGGCAAACAUUGGUUUAUGCUGUUGGUGGGUUUCCUGGCUUCUCAAACCCUGGCUUGUGGGUUUGACUCCAUCCACUUGGAGUGGUGUUGGGGCCCCAAAGCCUUUGCUCCUGUGGGUCUGUCCCUGACAGCAGGCAGAGCCUCACAUUGCCCUCAAUUUUGCCCCUUUAUUUCUUUUGAAGGCCCUAUUUUUCAUGGUACUUGUCCUGAUUGUUUUCAUAGUGUUCAAAUCUGUAUUUUUGUAUGUAGAGGGAAAUAAUUUUCUCAGCACUAAUCGCUAAUAAAUAUUGUAUUAAAUUGUCAUGAAGGAGUUCUUGUUUAAUAAAUGGACAUGUAAAAAUGGC